AUGAUUGACGCAAGACCUAUAUUGUUUAUGGUUCUAAUAUACAAUGCAAAGCAGUCGGUACUGGGAGACGUAGGGACGAUGGACGACUGGAUCAGACUGACUAAUACACUGUUUUCUAACUACACAAAGGAGAUUUUCCCCGUGUACAACUUCAGUGACACACUGAAUAUAGAUAUAUCAAUGUUUUUACUAUCUAUUAUUGACUUUGAUGAAGUUUCUGGUGUCAUCACGUUAAGUGCUGGCAUUAUGUUAGAUUGGAAUGAUUAUCGUCUACAGUGGACACCAAGCGAGUACGGAGGGAUGGAAACUCUACAAGUGAAUUCUUCAAACGUCUGGACACCAAAGGUUUACGUAAUCACAGCUGCCGAUGACCUUCGCCAUUUUGGCAGCGGCGAAUUUGGCGUAGAUAUUUCGUAUUCUGGUCGCUGUGACUAUACCCCGGGGAAACUUUUGAAAUCUACCUGUUCCGUUGAUAUGUCAAAGUUUCCAUUGGAUACCCAGAUAUGCAACAUAGAGAUGAUGCUUUGGAAAUCUCCGCCUACUUUGAAUCUUUCCUUUACUAGAACGGAUAUAUUGAUGAACUGGUAUACAACGAAUGGAGAAUGGAAUAUUGAUAAGACAAACGUGUCUUAUUUCAUGGGUUAUGGGUCACCCUCAAGGACUCUCUAUUUUACACUUCAAAUGUCUCGACGAUACAUAUACUUCGUGGUAUCAAUGACAAUGCCGAUUCUAUUGUUAUGUUUUCUCAAUCCGUUCGUGUUCCUCCUGCCGUCUUCCUCGGGAGAGAGGAUAUCCUACACUAUCACGAUGUUCCUGUCACUUGCUGUCUACAUGACACUCAUAGGAGAUAUUCUCCCUAAAGUGUCAGAAAACAUGGCUGGGAUGUCGUAUUUCUUGCUGAUAACCUUAUUCUACAGCGGUAUGUUGAUCGUUCUGACGAUAUUCACACUUCGUUGUGAAGCUGCCGCAGACGUCAAAGAGUUUCCAAGAUGGCUGAGAAGACUAACGCGCUAUUGCUGUAAGAUAAAAGAAACCAAAACUUACAAUGCACCACCAAUUAAAAAUCUGGAGCAGAACAAGAAGGAAGAAAGUGACAAAACGGAGGUAGUUGAACUAGAUGCGGAGUAUUCACUCGUUAAACACAAGGACGUGAUGCGUGUUAUUGACAAUUUUCUGUUCGGACUCUCUUUGCUAUUGAUAACCAUACUGACAAUUUGGUUUAUGUGUACCUACCAUUCUUAA